CGUCUAGUCACGUGACGCGAAGCCUAUGUCGUCACUUCCUGUGGGGAUCCGUUCAUGGCCUGGAUCCGAGAGAGAGUCGUUCAUAUGUGGAUCGUCCUUCAUGAAACAUGGAUGACAAGGCAUCUGUGGGGAAGAUCAGUGUGUCAUCCGACUCGGUGUCCACACUGAACAGUGAGGAUUUUGUGUUGGUUUACAAGCAAGGAGAUGAUAUGCAUUCUGUGAAUAAUGGCAGUGAUGAUGAAAAGACUGGACUUAAGAUUGUGGGAAAUGGAAGCGAGCAGGAGCUCCAGAAAGAACUAGAAGAUGUUCUGAUGGACACACCAUCUGAGGACCAGAAUCAGCAUGUUGAAGAUGAGGCAAAAACUGAGAAUGAUAAAGAUCUGGAUGAGUCAUCAAAUGAGGCCUCUGCUGUGUCUUCAUCUAUAAAUCCAUCAUCAACUGUUGGCCUGCAGAAGCAAGAUUUGAGUCUACCAGUCAUACCAGCACAGCAAGACUGUGCGGAUAGAACAGAAUUGUUCUCUCUGGCACCCGAUGAAGACAGCGUUGUGUUCAGUAAACUCACCUAUUUGGGCUGCGCUUCGGUAAAUGCACCACGUAGCGAGGUUGAAGCUCUCCGAAUGAUGUCCAUUUUACGGGGACAGUGCCAAAAUUCAUUAGAUGUGACACUCUCUGUACCCAAUGUGUCUGAAGGUACUGUCAGACUUUUGGAUCCACAGACAAACACAGAAAUUGCAAAAUACCCUAUCUACAAGAUUUUGUUUUGUGUUCGAGGACAUGAUGGAACUACAGAAAGUGACUGUUUUGCAUUUACAGAGAGUCAUUACAAUGCUGAAUUGUUCAGGAUACAUGUCUUCCGUUGUGAAAUUCAGGAAGCUGUGAGUCGCAUCCUGUACAGCUUUGCUACAGCUUUCCGACGCUCAGCCAAACAAACCCCUCUUUUGGCACCUAUUCCUCCGCAAACACCCGACAGCGAUAUUUUCUCCUUUUCCGUUUCACUGGAAAUCAAAGAGGAUGAUGGGAAGGGCUCUUUCAGUGCUGUUCCUAAAGAGAAGGACAAACAAUGCUUCAGACUACGCCAGGGUGCAGACAAGAAGAUUGUCAUUUAUGUUCAGCAGACAUCCAACAAAGAAUUGGCUAUUGAAAGGUGUUUUGGACUCCUUCUUAGUCCUGGGAGAGAUGUCCGAAAUAGUGAUAUGCACCUUUUAGAACUGGAGUCUAUGGGUAAAAGCUCAGAUGGUAAAUCCUACAUAAUCACUGGAAGCUGGAACACAAAAUCUCCUUAUUUCCAGGCUGUAAACGAGGAGACACCAAAAGACAAGGUCCUUUUCAUGACUACUGCAGUUGAUCUAGUGAUCACAGAGGUGCAGGAACCUGUGCGUUUUCUCUUGGAGACUAAAGUCCGAGUCUGUUCUGCUAAUGAACGUCUAUUUUGGCCCUUUAGCAAGAGAAGUUCUACAGAAAACUUCUUCCUCAAAUUAAAACAGAUAGAAAGGAAAGAACGAAAGAGUAACUGUGACACUUUUUAUGAAGUGAUGUGCCUGGAGAGCGAAACUGAAAGAGAGAGGAGGAAAACAACAGCAACUCCCUCAAUUCGGCUGUCACAGUGUGGCCCUCAAGGAUCCAACAUCCCUUCACCUCCAGAGGAUGAUGAGGAAGAAGAUAAUGAUGAACCCCUUCUCAGUGGAUCUGGAGAUGUUUCGAAGGAAUGUGCAGAGAAAAUCCUGGAAACAUGGGGAGAUCUUUUAUCCAAAUGGCACCUUAAUCUGGGUGUUCGGCCCAAACAACUUUCUACACUGGUACGAAGUGGAGUUCCUGAAGCACUAAGGGGAGAAGUAUGGCAACUGCUUGCAGGCUGUCAGAAUCGUGAUGAAUUGGUGGAGAAGUACAGACUGCUCAUCAAUAAAGAGUCUCCACAAGACAGUGCCAUCACACGUGAUAUCAAUAGGACGUUCCCAGCUCACGACUACUUCAAAGACACUGGGGGUGACGGGCAGGAUUCGCUCUACAAAAUCUGCAAGGCUUACUCUGUGUAUGAUGAAGAGAUUGGGUAUUGCCAAGGACAGUCCUUCCUUGCCGCUGUUCUUUUGCUGCAUAUGCCGGAAGAACAAGCGUUCAGUGUCCUUGUCAAAAUCAUGUUCCAAUAUGGACUCAGGGAACUUUUCAAACAAAACUUUGAAGAUCUGCACUGCAAGUUUUAUCAGCUGGAGCGCCUAAUGCAGGAGUAUAUUCCCGACCUGUACACACACUUCCUGGAGAUCAGCUUGGAAGCACAUAUGUAUGCCUCGCAGUGGUUCCUCACCCUCUUUACUGCCAAGUUUCCUCUUUACAUGGUCUUCCAUAUUAUUGACUUACUCCUCUGUGAGGGAAUAAGUGUCAUUUUCAACGUUGCACUUGGAUUGUUGAAGACGUCUAAAGAUGACCUGCUCCUGACAGACUUUGAGGGGGCAUUGAAAUUCUUCCGUGUUCAGCUCCCAAAACGCUACCGCUCUGAGGACAAUGCCAAGAAACUGAUGGAGCUUGCAUGCAGCCUCAAGAUUAGCCAGAAGAAACUAAAAAAAUACGAGCGUGAAUAUCACACGAUGAGAGAGCAGCAGGCACAGCAGGAAGACCCAGUAGAAAGAUUUGAGCGUGAAAACCGACGUCUUCAGGAAGCAAACAUGAGACUUGAACAGGAAAACGACGAUUUGGCUCAUGAGCUAGUUACCAGUAAGAUUGCCCUGCGCAAAGAUUUGGAUAAUGCAGAAGAAAAAGCAGAUGCUCUAAAUAAAGAGCUACUGAUGACUAAACAAAAGCUUAUAGAUGCAGAAGAAGAAAAGAGGAGGCUAGCAGAAGAAUCUUCACAGUUGAAAGAGAUGUGUCGCAGGGAACUUGAUAAAGCAGAAUCUGAAAUCAAGAAAAACAACUCUAUAAUUGGAGACUACAAACAGAUUUGCUCCCAGUUAAGUGACAGGCUUGAAAAGCAACAGUCUUCAAACAAAGCAGAAAUUGAAAAAAUUUGGCAAAAAGUUGAUGGAUGUGAGCACUGUAGAGAGUUUUUUAAUACUGAAGGGAGAGUGAAACUGGCUAAUACAGUGAAAGAAAGUUCCACCGAGGAAGACACUGAUGAGGAGAAGGAGUCCUUGAAAAACCAACUGCGGGAAAUGGAGCUAGAACUUGCCCAGACCAAAUUGCAGCUAGUAGAAGCGGAGUGUAAAAUACAGGAUCUGGAGCAUCAUUUGGGUCUUGCCCUAAAUGAAGUUCAAGCAGCAAAGAAGACCUGGUUCAAUAGGACCAUUAACACCAUAAAAACAGCCACAGGAGUACAAGGCAAAGAGACCUCUUAACCAAUAACUAUUGUAAAUUAAUCCUGUCUUUUUGAAAACAUAACACCUUCUGUUGCCUUCCUUGGCCAGAUAUAUUGGUUUGCCUACAUGUAAGUGGACCAGGAGAGCAUUAUGGCAAGAUGGAAGUAGGUCAGUGCCUGUACAUUAUACACAAGUCUCACUUAGGCAGCUGCGACCCAUGCUCACUCACUUCCACAACUUAAAAGGAAUGGACACAGGCACUACGCAGCUGGCGGAAUAGAAAAUACCCAUAUAUUUGAAAGGCUAAAAAUGGUUUGCCCAGUACAUUGAAGGGAUCCAUAGCUUAAAUGUCAUUGAUUCACUGGCAACAACAUAUUUUAAAAUAUAUGUGAAAGCAGGGCUCUUUACUCAGUUUAGUGCCUCUGUAAAGUUCUCAAAAUCAGAAAAGAAGUAAUUGUGCUCUUCUGGUAAAAUGUCAAGGAACUCAAGUUCAUUUAUGUGACCCAGAUUAGAUUGGAAACAUUGCAUGGUGUCCAUCUUGCAUGGUACUGGAAGGUCAAUGAUAAAUCCAUUAAUUGAAGCUUUUUGAUGCAUAUAUUACCAAUUUUUUUCUGCAUAUCUCAAUCACUGUAUGUUAGAUUUCAGUGUGAUACUUAUUGCAUAUUGAGGUUUUCAUAUUAACACCCUUUAUUAUCAGAGAGGCCCACUGUGCAUUCCUUGAGAAACAUGUUACUGCUCCCCUUGGCCAUGCAAGGUUUAGCUAAAAUGUAACAUGUCUUCAAACAUUAAUUUGUCUUUUAACUACCGAGAUAAAGAACCGUCUGCAGCUCAUCAGCAUAUGUCUUUUUCUGUAAUGAAGCAUUAAAACUUAAGAAAAGAUGAAAAGGUGAUACAAAUUUCUAACAAGACCCUUCACAGAAAUAUUACAUAUUCUUACACUCAUUUUUCAAAAAGAGCUGAAAUUUAUCACAAAAAUAUAGAUGUUCCUAAAUUUUUACUUUAUGAGACUGUAAACCAAUUGCAAGUCUGGUGCAGUUGACUGUUGCCUCGGCUAUCCUUGAUCGUCAGGGAAGAUUACAUAAUACUCUUUGAUAUGUUGUAAAAUCACUGGCAUUGGAUUGCCUGUUGCAACCUCAACAAAGUGCAGUUUAUAGCUAAAUAUUCUGAGUGUCAUGUCCUCUCUUAGAUAUGCACAUCUUCCUGACAAAGUAACAGGAAGCAGCCAAGGAUCCUGCACUUCUUCACGUGAAAGGAGUGGUCUGUGUCUUAACUGCUUUUCUUUACAGCCAUUUAAGAAGGAUGUAAGCACCUUGCACUGCUAAAAGAGCUGGGCUUUGCUCUUAACUUUUUGGCUGCUUGUGGAGCACCUGUCUGUCUGGUCAGUUUGUUCCAUUUUCAUCAUUUACACCUCACAACUGUUGUUGCUGAUGUUUUUUUUAUUAUUAUUAGUUUAUGAGCUUGCUUAACUGUUCAUCUCUUUUUGAAGUGGAUGAUUUUCAAAAUUCUGUAGAGUGAUUUAUAGGACCCUUGUGAAGCCAGAAGCUGCCAGAAGCCACUAAUUGAAAAGUACAUUUUUCUUGAGUGUUCUCUCCAGCAAAUCCUUUAGCAUGUAACACUUGUCUCCAGCACUUCUGAGGUUUGCAAUGUCACUGUCUCCUUGCUCACAAAGAAUGGUACACCUUAUUCUGUUAUGUAGGGAGGUAGUAUACAGCAGUAAAAGGUCUGCACUUUCGGUGCUCAACGCAAGGCACAUCUCAUUCCUUUGGAGUUUAAAUGUGUAGAAGUCAUAUGUAGAAUGGCAAUUUUGAACCAUGUACAAUGAUUUUAUUUUAUUUAUGUUUGUUUUACUGGCGUCUGUUGCAUCAGUGGUAAGGUUGUUUGAGGUGUAAGCUGGUUACACUAAGAAGCACUGGUUUGUGUAUAUAUAUAUAUAUAAAGUUUGGUUUAUUUUGUAUAUCAAUUUUUUUUCUUAGUUUAUGUACUAAUGCUAGCUGCUGUAAAAUGUUAUAUCUUUAGGAUAACAUGACCUGCUAAAAGUUUAAAUUCCCCCAAUAACUGUCAUUAUUGUUUAAUACCAAAAACAUACUGUCCUUAUUUCCGAAGUGUACAAAAUAGUGCUGGUGUAGGUGCGGUGUGUAUACCUGAUGAUCUGAAAUAUAUAAACUACUAUCAAAUUGGCCUACUGAAUUUUUGCUUCAUUGUUUCAAAGUAUCAUCUACGACUUUACAGAAAGACCAAGACUAUGUGAAGUUAAGAUGGUGCUUCCCACACUGGCAAUUAAAAAAAAAGUUUCACUGAUUUUAACUGAAGGUAAUUUAUGCAGCUCCUACUAUAUAAAAAUUGUCUUUUACACUUGACCCACUUGUGUCCUUUAGAAAGUGCAAACCACAUAGAGAUAAUCAUAAAGACUACACUCUAUACAAUUAAAAUAAAACUGUUGGAAAAAUUAUGUUGUAUAAAAAUAUCU